AACGUCGCCGCCUUUGGUACCUCAGCCUGUCAAACUCCUGGAAAAUCUGUUGAAAAUUUGGCUGAAGAAUUAAUUUCUGCUGUUCAUACAAUUGCGAAUACCUCAAAAGUUUUAGGUGGCCCCAUUGGACAAUCCGUGCUGGUGGGCACUGGCGCAUGUGCCACAGGAAGUAGUGGAGGUUUGGGCGUCUGCCCUGGUAACUCUAUUUGUGGAGGUGUUACCAAUGGGCUUUACAGUAAUACUGGUGUUGUUAAUAUGGCGAGUGGAGGCGCAGGACAUAGUGUAACCAAUGCAGUGCUGAUGGACAUGCGGAAUCUGGCUGUUCCACCAAAGAUGGCAUCGGAGAUAAUUAAGUUGAUUGCUCUCGUGCUACUCGCAUUGGGUUUAAAAAAAUUUGGUCGUGGACCUAAGCAAAUAAGUUGA